CCAAGAUUUCAACUCGCGAACCGUACUGAUAUAUUCUUCCAUUUGGAUGUAAUAAUGCUGCAGUUGAUCCAGAACCACUCAACGAUAGUACAAUGUUAUUCUACGCUGACCAUAAAUGCAAUUCACAUAAGAAUCAUAUACACCCAAAACGUAAGCAGACAUGUGGAGUGCAAAAAUUGGCCUACAUACGAAGAGUAUAUCUUUUAUAUUUCAUGCGGCUAUACAGUUGACACCAAUGGAAUAAAUGUUGGGCACUUGAGUAUACAACAUAUAGCCUUAUUGCAAGUAACAUUGUAUUGUAUAAUACUGCUUUUCAAAUGGUGGGGACAUAGGAUUUAUCUACUGACAGUUCUUAAAGUCCCAGUACGUGCUCGUUCCGCACGUGUAGUAACUCGUGGGAGUUCAUUGGUAAAUAGGAAGACAAUUUUCAAAAAUUUUUUUCUAGAUUUUCAAUAAUGAUUAUACCUAAACUUCUACUCUUCUUGGCUACUAUCAGUUUUACUUUAGAAUCACCUGUACAAAUUAAAAGCCCUGAGAGGAGUGACGAUAAAGAUCAUGAAAAAGCUAAGAGUAAUACGCUUCGUUUAGUUACAAUAGUAAUGCGGCAUGGGGACAGAGCACCACAGGAUACUUAUCCAAAUGAUCCUUAUGUUAAUAACUCAAUGGAACCUUAUGGUUGGGGUCAACUGACAAAUGAAGGACGAAGAAAUCAGUACAAUCAAGGACUUUUCUUACGAGAACGUUAUAGUCAUUUUCUGGGUCCAACGUACAGUCCCGACAUAUUUUAUUUACAAUGUACUGCGGUUGAUCGUACAAAAAUGUCUGCAAUGUUGGAAGCAGCAGCUUUAUGGAAACCAAACGAAAAACAGUCAUUUAAGCCUGAUCUACCUUGGCAACCUGUCACUUUAUUCUAUCAACCACGUUCAGAAGACACGUUGAUGCUAAUAUGGGAUACAUGCCCAAAAUAUACCAAAUUACGACAAACAGUUAAUAGUUUACCGGAAGUUCAAAAAGUUCAAGAAGAUAAUAAACAAUUGUACAAGAAAUUAACAAACUUAACGGGUAUGGUAAUUUCAAAUCCAGCUGACGUAGGUUCGCUUUAUUCAACAUUAACAGCAGAGAAACAUAUGAAAUUAACUCUUCCCGAGUGGACUAAUGAUUAUUAUCCUGAUAAAUUAAUACCAUUAACAUUAUAUGAUCUCCAACUCAAUGUAUAUAAUGAUCCUUUAAAAAGACUGAAAGGAGGACCUUUUCUUAAGAAGAUUGUUAUUGAUAUGCUGGCAAAAAAAGACAAUACUUUAAAGCCUCAAGAAAGGAAAAUGUUUAUGUAUAUUGGUCAUGACAGUUCUAUUGUAAGUUUGUUAGAUGUCAUGCAUGUAUGGAAUAAUCAAAUUCCGAAUUACAAUAUCAUGACAAUGAUUGAAUUACAUGAAGAUAGUUGUGGAUGGAAUGUUCAGGUUUUCCUAAGAAAUACCACUGAACGUGAACCGUAUCGUUUGACGAUUCCUGGAUGUACAACAAUUUGUCCUCUUGAAAAAUUUAUACACAUUUUAAAACCCAUGAUACCAGACAAUUGGGAAGAAGAAUGUAAAGUCGAUGGAGAUUAUACACUCCCACCCGCUCCAGUUCCUUGAAUAUAAUUUAUUUUAUAAAAAUGUAAAGUGAGCAAUAAGUGAUUUUAUUAUUAAAAAUUUUAAUUCUGUAACGCACAAAUAAAAAUUACAGGAUAAAA